CAAGAGUCUUCCGAUAUCAUCCUUUCGGUAUCUCAUAUAAAAAAAGCCAAUUUCCAUUUAUUAGGGUUUUAACGAGGGGAACACUUGAGUUGAGUCUGGAGAGAGAGCGAAUCGGUUUGUUAGGUAUCGGCUGCUGCUUCGCUGACCGCAAUACUAGGCAGAAAGACUCACAAAUAACGAAAGAAAGGCGCGUGUUCUCCACCUAACCACCAGGCACCAGCAGCUUGAGGUUCGACCGGMUCGGAUAUCAAUUUCGUCCAUUCUUCUCUUUGCUUCUCGGAAGACAGAGCGAGAAACGAGGUCCAGCCUCAUAGCGGGUGCUUUUAUCGGCAGAUUCAUGGAAUUUUGAACUAGGGUUAGGGUUUGAUUCGAUAAUAUAUUCUGCUUUCUCUGCGCAGGUUCCUAAACUCGAGUAACUUAUUGGAGAAGCGGAAACGGGGUUUUCUUAUUCAAUAGAUGUAUCAGAAAUUAUGAAAAUUUCUACUGUGCGUAGACUUAACAGUUUGCUUUCACGUGAUAGUGGGAUUUGGGCAUCACUCUUUUGUUUAAGAGGGUAAGAUGCCAUCUACAUAUUUUUCAAGGCUGAACUUGGACUUCCGGUCUGGAUUUCGCAGACUGAUCAUAGGUAAACAAGGAGGGCUUGACAAAACUGUUGGAUUUCUAUUUGCACAAGGGAAUUUUUUGCUUGGGGAUUCUGGGUUGUCAACUUUAAGGCCGUUUUCAAGUCUUGGGGGAUUGAAUUUACUCUUACGCCCUGGUACAAUUUUUGCUGCACGAUCAGAUCUCCGCAUUGCUGAACAAAAGAGUCUUGCUGUUUUUGUUGGUGCACUCUCACGAACAUUUUCAAUUCCCUCCGUUUCUGGUCCAUCUUGUCAGGUUUGCGGGUAUCAUAUCGAUCGUCUUUYAUCUGACUCCACCCAGCUUUCCCUCCGCAGUCCAUCUUUUACCACAACCAUGGCUGCCUGUGGCUCUAGAGUUGUAUUAGGUGAUMGGUGUAUAGAUAAUUUAACAUCAAGGAAUGGCCAUCUCUUGAGCUCCUUCAAUCGGGCUGGCCUGUCUUGUAGCAAUAGACGUGUGGAUUGUUGCAGAAAAACAAGCAUGAGUUUGAGAAAUCAAGAACCAUCCAACAGUUAUCAGGUUUAUGGGUAUUUCAUGUUUGAUAUAGCAAGGAGGAGUUGCAACUCCCAUCCAUUAAUGGGAUCAGGUUCAAAAUAUUUUCAUGGCUCAUCUUCUGCAUGUUACUCCUUUGGCACUGCUCCUGAUGUAUCUUUUGAUGGCUCAGCGCGUGAAGAACAGAGUGCAAACUCUGCUGUUUCAACUGAACAAAAAAUCCUAGGUGAUAGAACCCUGAAGCUGCUUUCGGGGUCAUGUUACCUUCCACACCCUGAUAAGGAAGAAACUGGUGGAGAGGAUGCUCAUUUCAUUUGUGUAGAUGAGCAAGCUAUAGGUGUAGCAGAUGGUGUUGGCGGAUGGGCAGAUCUGGGUAUUGAUGCAGGACAAUAUGCUAGAGAACUCAUGUCAAAUUCAGUAACUGCAAUUAAAGAAGAGCCUAAAGGUUCUAUUGAUCCGGCUCGGGUUUUGGAGAAAGCUCACUUGACCACAAAAGCUAAAGGAUCCUCAACAGCAUGCAUCAUAGCGCUUACAGACCAGGCUAUGAACUUCAUCAGGAGAAUCCGCAAUCACCCCCUCCCCCAACACUUGUUUGUGCAUGGUAUCCAUGCAAUUAACCUGGGGGACAGUGGGUUUAUUGUAGUUAGAGAUGGAUGUACUGUGUUCCAAUCUCCUGUACAACAGCAUAGUUUCAAUUUCACUUAUCAACUAGAGUGUGGAAAUGGAGGUGACUUGCCUAGCUCUGGUCAGGUUUUUACAAUUCCUGUUGCACCAGGGGAUGUCAUAAUAGCUGGUACAGAUGGUCUAUUUGACAACUUGUACAACAAUGAGGUUACAGCUGUUGUUGUUCAUGCUGCAAGGGCAGGAUUUGAGCCUCAGGUAACAGCUCAGAAAAUAGCAGCCUUGGCUCGCCAACGAGCACAGGACAAAAACAGACAGACACCUUUCUCAACAGCUGCGCAAGAUGCUGGGUUUCGCUAUUAUGGUGGCAAACUUGAUGACAUUACAGUUGUUGUCUCCUACAUCACCUGCUCCAGUAAAGAAUGACAAGCUUUCUUCCAUUUAAACCAGAGCAUUUUGCUCCCCUCCAUGRCUCAUGGUUGUAGAUUUUACCUUUCUUAGGGGUAAGGGCUUUUGUAGAAUCAACUUUUUAUCUAUUGCUGUGUAAUCUGUUAAAGAUAUGGGAAGAGUAGUAGGUCACCUAUCUACUGAAGCUUUUCUUCAAUGGAAUCUUGCUAUUCAGACAUUGCUCCAGAUUGUCAUUUUUAUCCUCUUUGUUUCCCCUUGCAACGAGUCUCUAAGAUAGUAGGGUCAAUUGAUGUAUGAUAUAGUUCCCAUUGACCGGGAUUCGCUCCCGCCCUUGCCCUUCCAAGUUCCAACCCCAAUCCCCAAGUUUACCUAGAAAAAAAAGUGAGUUACUAAAGCAGUGAAAUGAUGAGGGAUGUUUGCUUUAUAUUCUUUAUCAGUUUAUCUGAUAUAUGUACUUUUUUAUAUAAUCCAAAUUUAUGUAUCAUAGUGCAAAUUAAUAUAUUUCCCA